AUGUUUUCAACGUUAGCGCCGUGGAUCAUUUUUCUUUCAUGUCAACAGCACGUUAGCGCAGGUACUGUCUUACCUAUAGCCUUCCUUCAUCAUUUUUCCUAUUCCUUUGAGAAGUACGCAGCUUCACGUCAAGGAAUUUUUGAUUUUUCAAUUUGGCCAAUUCAUACCUUCUGGGUCCCUAGCAACAGUUUCACAUAUCAAACGUUAUGUAAACAAUAAUACUAGCAGCAACGAUCGACACCCCACUUCUAACAGAGCAUAUAUUUACCGUUCACUUAAGGAUAGAAGAAAGUAAAUUAAGAGUAUGGAGCAAUCUCAGACUAGGGAAAACCUUGUCAGAUUCUUAAACUUCGAAGUUUAAAUCAGCAAUAGGAGCAUGUGGUCAUUAGCAAAUUUAUAAUUGUUCGCCCAAAAUUUGUUAUGUGUUCUCUGUCAGCCAUGCGUCCAACUGCAGCUCGCUCCACAUUUUUAUGUGGUUCGAAGCAUUUAGUUUACCUAUUCUCGUACAUUGUUUGCGCUCCAUCACUCUCACAAAAGGAAGGCUCACGGGCAAUAAACUCACUUAGAUUCACCAACCUGCACGUACAUUUAUACAAAAAAAUUUGUUAAGUUACUAAGAUGACUGCAUUUAUUGAUUUCUGCUCUUAAUAUUAACAUUAGUUGCUAAGACACAAUAACCUCCUACCUACCUUGAAACGGUCUAAACAUUAAGUUAUCAAAAGCAAGAUUAAAAAGAAAAUUGCCAGAGUUGAUGUACUAAAUGAAGACAACUCAGUUUUCCUAUAAACUAACAUUGGAAAAUUUUUCUUUCUUACGAAAAAGUAUGACUGAGAAAGCUAACUUUGACGACGGUAUCAAGAUCCUACAAGACUUAAUUCCCUCAACAAAAAAGCAUUUAAAACCUUUUUUCAAUAGUAAUCAAUACUUUUGGUCUUCAACUAUUUCAAAGAUUGCAAUAACUUUAUUCCCUUUUUUGACUUUGAUCACACUAAGAAGACAAAACACUAGAAAAUAAAAAGAGCAAUUAUCUAAGCCAAGAGAUAAUUUGUGGGUGUCUGUAUCAACAAAAUCAAUAAACGACUUGACAGUCUGAAUUUUCAGUUUUCGGAUCGUGCCGGCUAUCGGAAUGAUGGGAUAAUGGGUUAAGGGAUUAAGGUCAUUAAGUUUGCUCAUUAAAAAGAAUACAUUACUGCUCAAUCUAAUGGAACUUUGUUUAUACAAUCUGUUUGCAUAGUAAAGAACCUCCUUGGUAAUAAAUAUGCUCAAAUAAGAGAAGCUAAUAGACACUUAUACUCAAAAGUAAUUUGUGCUAUCACGCGGACUGCAGCAAAGGAAAGUACAGUUGAACGAGGUUGCGGGUUAACUGCUUUUCGAGCUUUUGUGAGCCGACAGUUAAAACCAGAUUUGUCAAUACAGUACUUACCUGUGUUGCUAUGGAGAUGAGGUUGUUAUGGUGUAAAACAUUAGCAGAUCAGUUUAGCAAAGGUUGUGACUAGAAUGGCUACCCCAAAGUCAGAUUGUCAUCUUCAUUCAAAAUGCAUGAUAGGGGUCUUAUAACUUAAAGUAGUAAAUAAGAGAAGGAAGAAAACAGAAGAAAACAGUAGGUAGUAUGUAGGACUUGAACCCGCGUCAUUUGAUGUAUAAUACAUAUCCGUAUCCACUACACCAUCAAGGGCUAACUGCCGAGAGUAUAGCGUUGUGUAAUAAACAUAAGGUGUCCAACCUGAUUUUGAGGUAUCCAUUCUAGUCACAACCGUUUAGCAAAGUCAACGUGAUGAAAGGAAGAUGGCAUGCGCAAUGCUAAAAACUUAAUUGACCAAUAGCAGAGAGGCAAAUUGAGCACCGGGAGUUGGAUUCAGUCCUUUCUGCGCGCUUUUGCAUUCUGGUUUUCUUUGCUAAAUCUGCCUGUUAAAAGCUGUGCGCUAUAUGACGAAUCAAGUUUUUGUCCCUUUGAGCCAGGAAGGUGGCAAUUCUGAGGACGGAAGCCAGUUCACGCUUUAAGAACUUUUAUAUUAAGUACAAAUAAACGCGAUUUUCUCCUCAGUUAACUGUCAUUAAAUGUUACUGGGUUACUGAUUGAUCAGGUUUGUGAUGAUUAUAACAUGAAAAGGAAGAAAAAGGAAAGAGAGUCAGGCUCAUUAGUUUCAUGUUCUUUCCAUUUAUAUUUCAAACGCGCCACGAGCCGGUUGUUAUAAUUGUUUGUUUUCUUUUUAGAAACUGUCCGUUAUAUCUUUUGCUGUGCAUGGAGUAAUUUUCAUUCAACAAUUAACUUUGCCUACAAGGCAAAAGAAGGAUCGUUGUUCCUUCUCAUUCCUGGAAAAUUAACUAUUUCGUGAUCAACCGUAGGGUGCGGAAGAUGCCAAUAGUGGUACAAAAAUCUUCACUAUAAUGAAGCGGGCACUGCCUCCAGUACUAAUCCGUUGCCUGGGCAAUAAUGUACUAUUUUAUUUUCUUUCAAGUUAAUGUGUUCUUUUCUCUUUUACGGCUAUUCGAAGUAUCGUUCAUUUUUUCUCCCCAUAUAUUUCUACAGCUGCACUUUUUCAAUCAGUUGAGACUGGCGAGAAUGCAUCGGAUUAAGGAAAAGCGGGAAUUGUCCCUUCUUGUCUCCAGUAGCUCCUUGUCCUUCCUAGCAUCUCCCUCAAACCUCAUUACUUAAUUCCCUGGGUUUUAUAACUUUUUAAAGGAGCUAUAGUCGCGCUAUUUACUAUCUAUCUACAUGGCUAAAACGUGUCUUAGUAUUAACUGAAUUCCAAGAAUAACGGUCCAGUUUUGAUAUUUAAGACUAUACGGAUGGCAAGGGUGGCCGACAUGGAUAGAAACUUGAAACAUUUGGGCGAACUUUUUCAAGUUUUAAUGCCACGCCGGUAAAAAGCACCAGAAAAAAUUAUGGUUAGUGCUCCCUGAUGAAAUGCGUUUGAUAUCGUCUUCGUGUUUCUUCUGGAGAAUUUUGUGGGUCGGUAAUUGUACUAAAAAAAGGAAUAUCCUCGUGACAUAGGCUCUUUAAAAGAUGACAAAUACAUGAGGACUGCGAUCGUUCCUGAGUUUCUAAAAUAUCCCAGUUCGCUCCAGUGGGACAACAGACAUUCUGUUGUUGUUGUUUUUUGGGACUUGUGGUUGUUGUUGUAAGAAAAAUCCUGUUUCAUGCAUGUCCUAAAUAUAUUGCUGGCUUCAGAAAAUAGUUCGACUCUUUUUGAAAACGCAGAACGAACAUAAUUAUAGGUUUCCCUCCGGAAACUUCAGCCACAACGGAAAAUCUAAGCUUACACACAGCAAAAAUUGAAAAACGUUUUGAUUGAAACUAAUCGACUUGUAAACUGAUUUCAACUCGUCUUACAGGGAGUGAUAACAUUUUGAAAUAUGUUUACUUUUAAAUAAUCAGGAAUGAAAUAAAAUUGAACUCAUAGGCGUGGGAUCGAACAAUGCUUCACGAAUUAACAAGUUCCCAUCUCUUGGUUUUUACACAUAAUAAGUCCUUUAGACCAAAGAACGUUAAAAUAUUCAUCAGGUACCAGCAGGUAACUGAUAAAAAUUUCAUUUUUUUGGUUUGUUCUUAGCUCUGAAGUCGUCUUUUUUUGUACAAUGUGACUUUUUGCAAUGAACGACCUCGUUUUUGCCUAAACUAUUGUGUGCAAUUUGAAGACACUUUCUACUUCUUGGACAAAUUUGGUUUUCCAACAUACGUUCCUUAGUUGGUGAUAAAAAUAAAGAUCAGUUUGGAGAAUGUUAUUCACGACAUGACUAAAUAUCAUGGGCGGGAAAAAAACAUCGAUCCACUGUCAAAACAUAUUACCGUACAUUACCAUACAUCCAGUUCCUUUGUUAGUCAUUCAUCACUUAAUUGUUUUGGAAACACAGUUUCGAAGUGUUGAAAAAUCACGAUAAUUUUCUUUCAAAGAGUUAGGGUCGUCUAAAACGCCUUUAACCAUCCACAAAUGCAGCUGUAUCAGAUCGCUCUACAUUUGUACAUUUGCAUCACAUUUGUAUCUUUCUAUCAAAACGCAGUGGCAGGUUAGUGAAAAAGCUUUAUGCGGUGCUUAUAUUUAUUUAGAACCACAAAGUUCUCUCAUCUUUCUCUCGUUUUUCACACUUCAAGUGUUGAGAGGUUCCUAAUAUUAAAAAUCACUUUAAUCUGGUGACGGAUUCAUCUUGAAGGCUUGACUAGGAACGAAACUGUCUACACGUGAUGUUAUUAAAAAAGGGAAUCAUGUUAGGUUUGAUUUCUUCUACAAUAAAGCCUCAUGUAUAUUUUAGUAGUGCGUAAGUCUCUCAGCCUGGGCAAAACACUUUUAAUUAUCUGACCGAUGGUUUUAGACAGAAACGACAAGACUUGUUUUUAAUUGUAAUUAUACAUUGACACAAACUGUCCAGUCAACCUCAAAAAAAACCUGGCUGUUGCUUUAUUAUCCUACACUCGAAAGCCUAAUGGAAGACUAACCGCCAAAUUUCUGAUUUGCAGUCGACAAUCCUACGAAUAUUAAAGCAAGAACAGUUAUUGCCGAUGCAGCCGUAAAGCGUACGACCACUACAAUUAGAUCGCGCUCUGGCAUUUCCACCUUACUGGAGUUCAUGUGCUAAAUCAAUAAAACUGAGGUGUCAAUGGAUCUGAGCAAAAAUGAAUUUUCUAGAUUUCGGGGGGAUGUAACUGUUAGAGCUUUCUCAAUGGGUGCUUUUUUUUCGUUUGAGACAAUGAAAUGCUGCAGGAUAGCCGUUAAUUGGAGGUGACAACAACAGCAAGUGUAUUGGUUAGUAGGUGGAACAAAAUCUCAUGGCCGUUAGCAAAGGGUCGACUGUAAUCCCCAUGAUAUUGCCUCUUUAAUAGCAAUUCUUUCUUUAUAUUUUCUUUUUCAGAAACCACUCUCUCGUUUAAAGAUCAGUGCUUGAAAUGGCACAACGACUACCGUCAGCAACAUCAGGUAAGUAAAAGUCGUAAAGACUUACUCUACGAAAAAUACACAUUACCCGGAGCAAAUUAAAGUGGUUUUGCCAAUUAUCAUGGAUAAUAAAUUGCAAAAUUUAUUGCCUGAUAACAAAAGAUGCUAGCAGGUAUGUAUCAUUUAAUUUGAUUAUUGUAUAAAUCGAAAUCGUUUUCUAACUCGUACUUGUUUAAGGUCAAACGACAUCUACAGACUUACUGCAUUUGAAGCUUUUCUGAAACGCCUGCCCCCGUCGUUUGUGUACCGAAAACCAUUAGGUGAGAAUAUGGUCGGACGGCUCAACUCGAAACACAAAAGAAUGUAGGAAACAAACCCUCUGUUUUCUCCCAAAAUUGCUACCAUUACCACCGACAAAGUCAGAUAUGGAUCGGUCCGAUGUAAGUUUCAUCAAGUUUGUUGAAUAGUUUCAAAUAAGACAAUAAUCAUGGAGAUUGUUAUUUUUGUUUCCGCGACAUAUACAGGUUGAAACAGUGGUGUGGAAUGAAACCCUUGCCAGGAAUGCGGCGGUCUGGGCCAGUUACUUGGCAGACAAUAACCUAUUUCAGCAUGCGACUAACAUACCAAAUGAAGGAGAAAACCUUUACAUGUCAACAGCUGUCCCCAAUGAGCCAUGUACUGCAGCUACACAAGCUUUCUACAAUGAGAUUAAAGAUUAUGAUUUCAACAAACCUGGAUUUUCGUUGGAAACAGGACAUUUUACACAAGUGAGUUAAGACAGCAGGGCAAUCAUUUUCGGAAAGAGAAGAUAGUAUUCCUUAAUUUUAAUUGUUUUCGACAAAGCGUGGUCUCGAAAAUGACACAAAAUAGCCUUUUGCGUCAACUGUGGCAGGGCAGAACUCAAACAUUUGAAGUGAGGAUCAAGUCGAAGCUUACAACAUGUGGUUCGGAUAAAAUGUAGCCCAAUGUUGAUCAAAGGAGUGCGCAUAACUGCUGUUCACGUAAAUUAUUUUACCAAAUAAUACAUGCGACUAACAUAAGAAAGGAAGUUAUCGUAUUUACUGUUUGUUAAAAGCUAGCUAGAAAAAGGCCAGAAACGUCUAGUCAACAGCUCUUAGUCCCAACUGCCCGCAACGGCUUAAUCCGAUGAAUCCUUAUUAAAUGAAAAUAUCCGUUUACGUUCAUCGGAGCUGUCGAAUUCUUAGAACAAAGGCAGUAGCUUCAUAGCCCUGACAAUAUCGUGUUGAAUCGACAUAGCUUAGAAUACAAAUAGCACCAACACAAAUGGGGUUGUAGUGCCCAUUUCCAGCUCUUUUUAGGCCCCGGGGUACUCUCCCCAAAUCUUUCUUCUUUGCUUUAGUUUCAAAUUCAAAUAUAGUGACUAUGGCAGGAAAUUGCUGGUUUUCGGCUGCCGUAACGUCAGCCAUGUUGGUUGGCAAGAGAAAAAGCGUUUCCCUCUGCUGGGAACUUAACUCUUCUUUCAUGGAAAUUGUGCUUGUUUUGUUUAUCGACAUGGCCUCCUUGUCACGUGAGUCAAGUACUGAAAGGACCGACUUCCCCUUUUUUGCGCAAGACAGGAAACAAUAGAAUUGUAGUGAUGGUGGUAGUGGUGCAGAGAAAAAAGAAAUGUGGUGGUGCUGGUGGAUGAAAAAAAAUGGGGUGGUAGAGGAGGGAAAACAGUUAGUAAAAAUUUGGUAGUGGUGGUGUAGGGAAGAAAAGAAUUGUGGUGGUGGAGGAGGGAAAAAUAGAGAUGUAGUGGUCCUGGUGGUUGUGUUGUAUAGAAAAAGAAAUAUGGUGGUAGAGGAGGGAAACCAGUAGAAAUGUGGUGGUGGUGGUGGCGGCGGAGGGUGAUCUAAAAAACAAAAUAAUUAAAUUUUGUUUUUGUUUAGUACUAGGAAAAGGUAGUUUGCUUGUGCCAGUAUAAAUAUGCAAGAUGUGCUUGCCAAGAAUAAGUGACCCUGAACUGGAACGAAUUGUUGCCUGCAUGAUGAAAGCGGCAAAAAUAGAAGUUUCAUAAUAAAAAAUGACAUUACGGCUGAGCCAUUUUGAGCCACAGGCGAUUUAGCGCUUAUUCCUUCGACAACAUGAGUCAACCAAUAAAUACCUUUAUUAGUUUUUAGUCAAACAAUUAAAAGGCAAGAUAUUUGACGACCUAAAACCGGUCAAACUGGUUAAACUGCCUUAGAAAGCACGUGAAGUUAUCUUACUGAGCUUCUCCCGCAUUAUAUUUGAGACAAAGACAAAAGGCUUUGACCUCAUCACUGUCAAUGUAAUCCUGUGCAAGUUGAUGAGAUUCCUGUGCAAAAAAGUAGAAAUCGGUUACUACUAUACUACUCACAUGGUUGCAAACCAAGUAUACAAAUAUUAGUGAUGGUUAGAAAAAUACGCAAACACAAACAAGAAAAAUAAAACUAUUUUUUGUAAUGUUCACACAAGACGACGAUGUAAAUAUCUUAUUUUAUGCUUAUCCUUAGAUUGUGUGGAGAACGACGAAGCAAAUAGGCGCGGCUUCUGCCACCAGGCAAGAUGGCCGGUUUGUCAUAGUGAUUCGGUAUACUCCGCCCGGUAACUUUGUCGGAGAGAUAUCAUUCAAGGAAAAUGUUCUCCCACCGAAAGACUGGCAAGCACCCACCGAGGCAGGUGUUACGCGGCUCCGAUCAUUCUCUCCUAUGUUCGUGGCGUGCUGGCUGUUAUUGCUUGGGUUGCAUUUCUAA